UGGACGAUAUGGGUGACGGAGGCAUGGAGUUUCUGUGCUCCUCAAGGACAGAUAAUAGAAUCCUAUCGUUAUAAGUACGAAGCGCGAACUCACGAGUGUAAAUGCAAGAGAGAGAAGAGGAAAAUGCCACCGCUAUGGUUCUCUUUUCUCUUUGCAUCGCUGAUAGGAGGAUGUGUUGGAAGGCCGUUCUAUCCACUUCCAAGCAAAAUAAUUGACGGCAAUAGACAGCCCCUACAAACGCAUCGCCCAUUCAAUAUUGCACAUCGAGGUUCAAAUGGAGAGUUUCCUGAAGAAACUUCUGCUGCAUACAUGAGAGCUAUUGAAGAGGGUGCUGAUUUCAUAGAAACCGAUAUCCUUGCUUCUAAAGAUGGUUCAUUAAUAUGCUUUCAUGAUGUAAUCCUUGAUGAUACAACUGAUGUUGCGGACCACAAGGAGUUUGUUGGUCGUAGAAAAACAUAUGAAGUCCAAGGGGUGAACAUCACUGGAUGGUUUAGUGUUGACUUCACACUGGAAGAAUUGAAAUUACUACGAGUGAAGCAGAGGUAUGAGUUCCGCGAUCAACAAUACAAUGGGCAGUUCUCAAUUAUUACCUUUGAAGAGUACAUUUCAAUUGCACUAAAUGCCCCUAGAGUUGUUGGGAUCUAUCCGGAGCUUAAAAAUCCAGUUUUUAUCAACCAGCAUGUCAAAUGGAGUGAUGGAAAGAAGUUCGAAGACAAGUUUGUAGAAACACUUAGGAAAUAUGGAUAUAAGGGCGAGUACAUGUCAAAGCGUUGGCUACAACAACCUGUCUUUCUUCAGUCCUUUGCUCCGAGUUCACUUAUAUAUAUGUCAAACCUUACAAAUUCGCCCCAAAUCUUCUUAAUUGAUGAUGUGACUGUACCAACUCAAGACACAAAUCAGUCAUAUUGGGAAAUUACUUCAGACAGUUAUCUCAAGUAUAUAAAGAAAUAUGUGGUUGGCAUUGGACCGUGGAAAGAUACAAUAGUGCCACCAAAUAGCAAUAAUUUGACAACACCAACGGAUCUGGUUGCUAGGGCGCAUGCUUAUGAUUUGCAGGUGCACCCAUACACAUACAGGAAUGAAUACAAGUUCUUGCACUGGAAUUUCUGUCAGGACCCAUAUAAAGAAUAUGACUAUUGGAUAAACACCAUUGGAGUAGAUGGCCUUUUCACAGAUUUCACCGGAAGCCUCAACAAUUUUCAGGAGUGGACCAUGCCGUUCUCGGCGAGGGAUGAUAAAAAUGCGUCGAAGCUAUUGCACAAGAUUGCAAAGAUGAUCUCUUCCUACAAAAAUAAGUGAGGGAUAUCUUCCAAGCAUUGUGUUUUUAUGUAAGAUUGUGUUCAAUUUUCAUUUCACUUCUUUAGAAGUUGUGAGAUCAUCCAUCAGGUGGACAGCCCAUCAAUCAAUAUAUCUUAUCAUUGGAUGAUUCUAACUGCCAGAUUGGUGGCCAACAUGGUGUGCUGUAAAGGCUGUUACGGGGCCAUAAAGGUAACGGUGGCAACCGGUACAUCUGUAACACUCGUAACAACCAUUAUGGAAAAAAUAACCUUUAACCGCCA